AUGGCACCACGGGCUUUACAAGAAGUGCUGGAAACAUUCAAGACCCUUUAUGGCAAUCCACCUAUGUUCAUUCAUGAAAAUGGCCAAAGGACACUAAGCAAUGCAUCACUCGACGAUGUAUCAAGGGUGGAAUACUUGCAAGCAUACAUUGGUAGCGUGCUCGAUUCCUUGUUUUUGUUGUCCUUUUCUUGUUUUUUUAGAUGUUUUUUCCAUUAG